AUGGCGUCAACCGAAACCAUGGCUGAGCUGACUGCGCCUAAUGGCGUCAAGUAUCAGCAGCCACUGGGUUUGUUUAUCAACAAUGAGUUCGUCCCGGCAAAGUCCGGCAUCUACAUUUCUUCUGUGAAUCCUGCGGACGAGGUUGAGAUCGCCAAAGUUCAUGCUGCUGAAGCCGAGGAUGUCGAUGUAGCAGUUCAAGCGGCAAGGGCUGCCCUGGACGGACCCUGGAACGACUUUACAUCUACAGAACGAGGCCGUCUUUUGGGUCGUUUGGCUGAUCUUGUUGAGGCAAAUGCCGAUAUUCUAGGCACGAUCGAGGCUUGGGAUUGCGGCAAGCCCUACGGAGUUACUCUGGUGGAUGAUAUCCGAGAAACCAUAGCAGUAUUCAGGUACUAUGCCGGAUAUGCAGACAAGCUGCAUGGGCAAGUAAUUGAAACCGAAAAGAACCAACAUGUCUUUACCACUCGCGAGCCUAUUGGGGUUUGCGGUCAGAUAAUUCCCUGGAAUUAUCCCCUUAGCAUGGCAGCCUGGAAGCUGGGGCCUGCUGUUGCCACUGGAAAUUGCGUGGUGAUUAAGGCAGCCGAGCAGACUCCGUUAUCCAUUUUAUACCUUGCAAGCCUUGUCAAAGAGGCUGGCUAUCCCAAGGGCGUAGUUAACGUGAUCAAUGGAUAUGGCAAGGAUGCCGGUGCGGCGCUCGCAGGCCAUAUGGAUGUUGAUAAAAUUGCAUUCACUGGCUCAACCGAGACUGGCCGGGAGAUUAUGAGACUGGCAUCGGCCAACCUCAAGAGCAUCACUUUGGAAACAGGUGGGAAGUCUCCCCUGAUUGUCUUUGAGGAUGCCGACCUCGAAAAGGCUGCCUACUGGGGGCACAUCGGCAUCAUGUCAAAUGCUGGGCAAGUUUGUACAGCUAACAGUCGGAUAUUCGUUCACGGAAAGGUGUAUGAUGACUUCAUGGCACAUUUCCUGAAGCAAGUCAACGGCGCCAAAAUCGGGAACCCUUUUAGCCAAGAUACCACCCAGGGGCCCCAAGUGAACCGGAUUCAACGAGACAGAGUCCUUCGAUACAUUGAGCUUGGAGUUUCUGAAGGUGCCUCACUGGCCGCCGGGGGUAAGGUUUUUGGAAAUCCUGAUGAAGGUAAAGGCUUUUUCAUCGAGCCAACAGUCUUCACUAAUGUAAAGGAUGACAUGACUAUUUAUCGGGAUGAAAUCUUUGGGCCCGUAGCUGCUGUAACGACUUUCAAGACUGAGGAAGAGGUUGUCAGGCGAGCCAACGACACGCCAUUUGGACUUGGUGCCGCAAUCUUCACUAAAGAUGUCAGCCGUAUCCAUCGAGUGACUCGCAGGAUACAGAGCGGAACUGUAUGGGUCAACAGUAGUAACGAUUCAGACAUCCGCGCUCCAUUUGGUGGUUACAAACAGUCGGGAAUUGGCCGAGAAUGCGGUCAAGCAGGCAUAGAGGCUUACACUUCAGUUAAGACGGUCUUUAUCACUCUAGACUAG